CUUCUUUGUAUCAGCAUCUCUCUGAUUGUGUGCUCUGUAACAAAUCUCAAGAUAAUCUCAGAAACUAUUAAUCACCAUGACCAUCGACAUCGUAGCAGUCAUCUCGCCCAAGGCUGGCUAUGCAGACCGGGUCGAAGAGCUUCUUCUCCAAGCAGCAAAAGCAGUCAAGGCCAAUGAGCCCGGCACACUCAAGUACCACCUACAGCGCGAAACAAAAAGCGAUGCGCCCGUGUUCGUCAUGCUAGAGACAUACAAAGACCAAGCCUCCAUAGCCGCGCACGCAAAGAGCCCCGACUUCAAAGCCCUAGGCAAGACUUUGAAGCAAGAAGACCUGCUCGCUGAGCCGAUGAGAGUCAUCUUCACAAAAGAGGCGGGCGGGUAUGCGAGUAAGCUCUAAACCGUUCGAGGCUGAAGAUGGUGGUUGUCGUUCGGGGCCUAAACUUUCAGCUGAGAUUUGGGCCGAUACAUGUGUGUAGCCACAAAAUAGUUACCGUGUAACCAGCACAAGUCAAACACAGAUAACAAUCAAAACAUC